UAAAACAAUGGCGGUUUCGAUGUUUCAAAAGAGAAUGGCAUUGAGAAGAAAGCUUCUUAUUUUAAGAAAUCUCACCAACUCCAAAUCUGUUAAGAAGAGUUCCAUUAUGAAGGAUGCAUUUCUCCACAUCUACAAGUUGAAGAUGAGGGUUGAAGCUAUGAAAAAGGAAUAUCUUGAUUUAAUGCAACAUUUUGAGGAGGUUAAGGUGGAAAAGAUGGGUGAGGGUUUGUUUGGUAUAAGAGUGACUAAAUGCUGCAAAAUUAAAGGGAAAGAUAGUAUGAUGGUUUCUUUGCUUGAAGGGUUUGAAGGAAUUGGGGUCAAUGUAAUGCAGGCUAAAGUUUCAUGCAACUAUUUCUUUCAUAUGGAGGCUAUUCUUAAACCUCAAUCUGUUUCUCUACUUGAUGUUGAUCAUGUUAAGGUUAUCACUCAAGCUAUUCAUCAUGCUAUUAACUCUACCCAUCAAAUUUGA